GCUCAUUUCCGCAUAAACAUAAACAUUUGCGCAUUAACCAAAACACAAAGGAAGAAGACUUGAAGCAGACAUAUUUUUUGAGGUAAAUUUAUUGGAUUGAGGAUGCCCUUUUUAAGUCGGGAUUGGCGAUCUCCGGGAGACCAGUGGGUGCGGACAAACGAAGGAUGGGAAAGACUCAGGCUAUGGCGAAUCAAAAUAUUUGAGCGAAUGAAUGAAAAUAUAUUGGCAAGAUUACUGCGGCUUGCCGUCAUUGAGCGGGAUGACACAUGGCACAAACAUCAACCACAUAUUCACUACAUCAAAGGGAUUUCAAAGGAGAGAAAGGUGAUGACGAGUCUGAGUGAGGCGUUUGUUCACCUGGACAUCACGGGGGCCGCCAGGGACCUCCGCAGAUUCAAUUACGUCAGAAAGCUCAUGUUUCUGCUGCUAAACCGGAACUUUCGAUAUCUGAGUGGGACGUCACAGAAAAAUAUCAUUAACAUCUUGGAGGAAAUGACAAAUCAAGUGCUGAGGACUGAGAUAAAUGUACCAGCUAUGAAGGCACUGUUGAACUGUGCUGUGAACUCACUGACAGAUGGACAAUACUCUCACAUUGGCAGUGAAUGUUUGUGGAACAAACAUCGGGCAGCGGUGUCCAGAAUGAUCUCCAAGCUAGACAAAUACCAGCUCAAACAGAGACAGGCAGAUGGGAAGCCAAUGUUUGAAGAUUUACCAGAGGAUUGUGUGAGAUGCAUUUUCAGAAAACUCUCAGAUCACACUGACAUUAUACACACAGGCCAGGCAAACUUAGCCAAUCAUAAGGUCUCUUCACAGAUGUUGCUAUGGAAACAGCUCUGUUUCUUCCACUUCAAUGAUCACCAGCUUCUAGUCUUCUUGCCACAUGAACUUGGUCUGGAUGAGGAUAAAAUCAACUGGAAGUACAUCUAUAGACGCUGCUAUAAGCGUUUCGGGAUGAAAGACAUCUUUACAGACCACUUGGCAAUAUGUUGUCACUGUGACACACUUUUUUGGCAGUCCAUUGGGCAUCCAUGCUUCAGUGACUCUGAGGGCAAGUCAAGACCUCUCUCUCCAGAGGCCUUUUUAGAUCUGUUCUUGCUGUAGAGGGCAUUAUUUUUUUUUUUGAUUAUGGACUUAAUCGGCCAAUAGUGAGGGAUUCCAUAGGUUUCAGAACUCAAUCUAGAUUUGAUUUUUUUGUCACUGCCAAAUGAGAAAAGAUCUGCUACAAUGACUAUGUCAGCCCCGGAAGGCGAUCACAAACUACAAAAAAUAUCCCAGAAACUUAAUUUAUCACAAGAAAUGGUAUUUGUGUAAUCCUCAUCAUUGAAAAACUUCAUGAGCAUUCAGUAUAAUACAUGUACAAUAUCUGAUGUAUUUUCAAGUUUUUAGAGCCUUCACAUAGUUUCUGGGAUUGACUUCUUCUAUUUUUCCUGUAUGGAAUAUUGAUCAUGACAUUUUUUCCUGGAUAAUACUGAUCAUGACAUUUUUUCCUAUCUACACAAAGUAAGAAUAUACAUGUUGUAUAUAUAGUCUAUACAUAAUUCUGUUUUCAUAUAUUUGUUUUGUAAAGUUUGAUAAGGGUGUAAAG